AUGGCUGCUGUAUUAGAUCUCACGCCAUCGAAUUUCACCGACAUCGUUGGUAGAGAUAGCGGUGUUCUGGUGGAAUUCUAUACGCCGUGGUGUGGACAUUGCAAGCAGCUAGAGCCGGUGUACAAUCAAUUGGCAGAUUCAUUCGCCCAUUCAAACCAAAUACACAUAGCAAAAAUUGACUCAGACGAAUAUAAAAAGUUUGUUAAGAGAUGGUCUAUCAAUUCAUAUCCUACCAUUAAAUACUUUCCACCAAACAAUGGUCUUCCUGUUGACUACACAGGAGAUAGAGAUAUGAAUGGUUUUAUCUCCUUCAUUAAACACCACUCUCACAUACACCCACAAUCAUCACUCCCAUCUCAAUCAUCGCGCUCCCCGGUUAUUGACUUAACCGAUGAUAAUUUUCAUUCUUUUGUUUACGCAGACGCCUCCCUCAACACACUCAUACUCUUCUAUGCGCCCUGGUGCUCUCAUUGCAAACGCAUACUCCCCGCUUUCGACUCGCUCGGCAUCUCUUUUUCCCGUGAAGACAGCUGUCAAGUGGCCAAGAUAAACGUCGAUGAGAGCUCAAAUGCGGAUAUUCAGAGGAGUUUUAAGAUUGGCUCACUUCCCACUUUAAAGUUAGUCAAAGGGUCUGGUGAGGUACUCCAUUACGACAAGUCACGUACCCUUGAUGCUCUCGUGGACUACGUAAACACCCACUGCAACACCAAUAGACAGAUUGACGGUAAUUUAAAUGACAAAGCUGGCCUGGUGGAGGACUUGGACAGCUUAGUGGAGGUGUUUAUGCGGGCAAGCGGUGAAAAGAGGUUGGAGAUUGCUGAGACGACUGCUCAGGAGCUUGGUCAAGAGAUGCACAGCUCGCCGCACACAAUUUACCUCCGCAUAAUGUCUAAAAUCAUCUCCCACGACGCACACUACAUUCCCCGCGAAAUUGGCAGACUCGGCAGGCUUCUCGGCUCGCAAAUGCUAGACACCAAGAGGGAUGAAAUUCAAAUAAAAAUGAAUAUCCUCAACCACUUUUCUCGCUACCUGCACAUUCUCCACACUGAACUAUGA